AUGGUGCAUGAUGCAACAGCAAGUGUGUUUCCAGGCAAUUACCAUCACUUUUUUCCCUCACAGUAUAAUGUAGAGUCAGUAGAUAAUGAACCACCGGUACACGUUGAUGAAAAUCCAAACCCACAGUGUCAACAAUUUUUUGAAAUGUUAAAUUCUGUAAACAGUCCUCUGUAUGAAGCUUUAAUGUGGACGAUCAAUGACUUUCCGGCUUAUUCGAUGUUGUUCGGGUGGAGUACUGCGGGCCGAUAUGCUUGCCCUUACUGCAUGGAUGAUUCCCAAGCUUUCUACCUUACGCAUAGCAAGAAGGUGUGUUGGUUUGACUGUCAUAGAAGGUUUUUGGAUAAAAGUCAUCCGUAUAGGAGAAAUAGAACAAAUUUCAGAGCAGGCAUUGUUGAGAAGAGAGACCCACCUUUCAUUCGGACAAGAUUUGAAUUGCUUGAUGAAUUGGACCAGUUUGGUUUUUUGAAAGUCAAUGAAGAAGAUGCACCGGAGCAUAAUAAAGAGGUUAGUAAAUACUCUGCUGGAUGGAAGAAGAGGAGCAUAUUCUGGGAUUUGCCAUAUUGGAAAACUAACACGAUUCGCCAUAAUUUGGAUGUUAUGCACAUAGAAAAAAAUGAUCAGAUCAAGGGUAGACACGAUCUGCGUGAACUUGGUAUACGUUCAGAAUUCCAUCCUAUAGGUACGUCUAUUCCUAAAGCUUCCUAUACAUUAAAUGAACAACAAAUACGUGCCUUGCUUCAAUGGUUGAAGAGUAUUAGAUUUCCCGAUGGUUAUGUCUCCAAUAUGGCAAGGAAUAUUGACAUGGCCAAGCAUCAAUUGUUUGGCAUGAAAAGUCACGAUUGUUAUGUUUUCAUGCAACGUUUAAUUCCAAUUGCAUUCAGAGAAUUGCUACCGGUGAAGGUUUGGGAAGCGCUUACGGAGUUGAGCUUAUAUUUUAGAAGUUUGACUACCACAAAGCUAUGUGUGGAGGAUUUGAGGAAAAUGGAAGCAGAUAUUCCGGUUAUCAUCUGCAAACUAGAGACUAUCUUUCCGCCCACAUUCUUUGAUAGCAUGGAACACCUUCCGAUCCAUUUGGCAUAUGAGGCUAGAAUUGCUGGACCGGUCCAAUACAGAUGGAUGUAUCCAUUUGAGAGGUACCUUAGACAUUUGAAACUGAAUGUCAGAAAUAAAGCUCAUGUUGAAGCGUCGAUAUGCAACGCAUAUUUAACCGAGGAAGCAUCACAUUUUGUUUCCCAUUAUUUUGAGCCACAUGUGCGAUGCAGGGUCAGAGACCUUCCUAGGAACGACGAUGGAAGUUACAACAAUAUUGUAACUGGUGUAUUCACAAUCUUCAGUCAUCCAAUAAGAUUUCAUGGAAAAGGAGUAGCAUAUAUUUUGGAUGAAAGAGAUUACGAGAUUGCACAUAGAUACGUGCUCAUGAAUUGUCCAGAGGUGGAUGUAUUUAUAUCUGAGUUUAAAAGUUCAAUUCAAAGACAUCAACCGAAUUGGUCAAGUCAGAGGAUUGAAGCGUUUGUGCAAGAGAAUUUCGCUAAUGCCUUCAGAACUGCAAUUGCAAGACAAGGAUCAUUUGAUAACCGAGUGAACAGUGACAUUUUGAAGCAGAUUGCUGAAGGACCACUAAAAUAUGCUCGGAGUUACAAUGUCUGUUACACAAACGGAUAUAGAUUCCAUACCGUACGUCAUGCAUCAAAUAAAUUAGCAGACAAUAGUGGAGUGUGCGUCAAAGCUGGUGACAACAGUCGUGACGAAGAAGAUUUUUACGGGCAAUUUCUUGAAAUCGUAGAGGUUGAGUACCCGGGGAUACCAAUCAAAAGAGUAACGUUGUUCAAAUGUCAUUGGUAUGACCCAACUACUACUAGAAAUAGCCGCGGAACAAAUAUUCAUAAACGAUAUAAGUUAGUUGACAUACAUCAAGGUCGCUCGUAUCGUUUAUAUGAUCCGUUUGUGUUGGCAAGUCAAGCAUGUCAAGUGUAUCGUUUAUAUCGCUCGUAUCGUUUGUAG